AUGCCAUCUUCUUUACGGGCCAACCACCCGCGCCGCCCUCCGUCUCAGCCUCGAUCUGCAUUCGACCUCGACAACUACCUCAACCCGCUGGUCCCCCGCAACCCUCUAUUCCGCUUCCCGACUUGGAUGUCCUACUGGUUUGGCUACCGGCUGCCGACCAAGGCCACGAGACCGGCUCGAAGCCGUCGUCGCCUUCAGACACUGAAACUAUGGCUGUCGGUGUUCGUCGGCGCCUUCUGCGGCGUGGCCAUCAUUGAGAAUGUCUUCCUGGCCCUCCCUCCUCUGUCAGGACACGCAGUGCCCACCAUCGCCUCGUUUGGGGCCGCCGCCAUCCUCGAAUACAACGCCAUCGAAUCGCCGCUGUCCCAACCGCGGAACAUGGUGGUGGGCCACAUUCUCUCCGCCACCGUCGCCGUGGGCAUCACCAAACUGUUUGCCCUGUUGCCCCCGGACCGCUUCGACAACCUUCGAUGGCUUGCCGGCGCUCUGGCCGUCGGAACAGCCAACCUGGUCAUGAGCAUUACCAAAACAGUGCAUCCCCCGGCGGGGGCGACGGCUCUCUUGGCCGCGACGAGCGUUGACAUCCGGGUUCUCGGAUGGUGGCUGGUGCCGUUGGUCUUGCUGGGCGCCAUGCUCAUGCUGGCGAGUGCCCUGGUGCUGAACAACAUCGCCGCUCGCCGCUUCCCGCUGUAUUGGUGGACACCCGUUGAUCUGAAUAUGCUGCGAGAAGAGCGAUGCAAGGAGCAGCGCGAGCAACAGGGAACCCACUGCAGCAAUGUCAUGGACGUCGACCUGGAGAAGGCUACUGAAUCGUCAUUAUCAACGUCAUUCACGAUACCACCAGCAACUGCAGCAACAACACCUGAUAUUUCCAACACCGAGGCCGGCUUCCAAGGAGGCGGCGGCCAUCUACGGUCCAAGCCAGACACCCAGGCUCGGUGUCCGUGUCCGACUCAUACCGUAUCGUACUCGGCCGCCAGCAGCGUUCCCCACGCCCAUCCGCCGACCUCUGCCUCGGAAGCGAUGGUGGAUCGGCAGUCGAGCCGAGCGAAGCCACCAGCUGUUGCAAGGGCGACCACGCAGACGACUGGAUCGCGGAGGCAAAUGUCACGGUCACGAUCACGCUUCAAGCACAGGCAAAGGCAUCCCAGACCGCAUGAGCCCAGCAAUGGACCUAGAGACAGCGCAGAUAAUGACAGCUCAGCCGUUGAUGCCGAUGCUGAUGCUGACGCCGACGCUAGGAUUAUAAUCACGAAACACCAGCUCCUCGUCCCCGACUGGCUUGAGCUACAUGACUAUGAAGACGAGGUCCUGCGCAUCCUGAUGGAGCGGUUCAAAAGUGGUUUGAGUUGA